AUGUUGUCUCUCUCCUCCCAGCUUGGUGGCGGGACGCUCCUGGGAGUUGGCAUCUGGGUCACAGUAGAUGGACAGUCGUUCCUGGAUAUAUUUGGGGCACUCUCCUCUAGCGUCCUGCAGGUCGUGAAUGUGAGCUACUUCCUCAUCGUCAUUGGGGCCAUCCUGAUGGUGAUUGGCUUCCUCGGGUGCUGUGGUGCCCAGAAGGAGAGCAAAUGUCUCCUCAUGAUGUUCUUCUCGGUGGUGCUGAUCAUCUUCAUUGCCGAAAUCGCUGCUGCCGUGGUGGCUCUGGUCUACACAGGCCUUGCAGAGACGCUGCUGACGGCUGUGGUGACCCCUCUCCUGAAGGAGAAGUUCGGGGCGGAUGAGAGUCUCACACGCAUCUGGAACGUCACCAUGACCGAGGUCCACUGCUGUGGCCUGAAUAACUACACAGACUUCACUGACUCCCCUUGGCAUAAGGAAAAGGGAACGUACCCGGAGCCCUGCUGUAAGAACCUGAAGCCCUGCAACAGCACACUCGCCGCACAAAGCGAAGUCAAGGGUUGUUUUAACCAGAUCUUGGAAGACAUCAAGACUAACGCGGGUGUGGUGGGGGGCGUAGCAGCCGGCAUCGCUGCCUUGGAGAUCGCAGCCAUGGCAGUUUCCAUGUACAUCUACUGCAAGUUGGAUCAGAAAUGA